CACUAACACCUGGAUCACAAUAGUUGGACCACCGAAUUUCUUAAAGCUGGCGGCUAUGAUUCUCUAACAAGUACCCUGGCUCAAAUCAAAAACAUCGCAAAGAGAACCCCUGAGGACGAUAAGCUAUUGCAGCAGCUAGUCAAAUGCAUCAAAGCACUAACCACGCAUGAGCUCGGGAUUCAUAAAUUGUUAGGAGACAAAGCCCCCUUGAAGAUCAUUAGAGAUCUUCUGUUUUCUUCGUCGAUCAACCCUAAACGCAGGUCGUUCUUUGUCUUUGAAAUCAGUACUCGAGCUCUUAUGCUCGAUGUGCUGUGUACUUUGGCAAGUUUACAAACCCAAGGUCAGCCUGUUUACGUGCAUGGCUACGACAUUUUGCAGCAGCUGUUACUUGAUACCCCUGAAGACCUAGCAAUGCAAGCCCAGGAAGUGGAUGAGAAGCCUGUUGCUCGCGCAUCGCACUAUCCAUUUCCAAUGACACUCAAGGAAGCUCAAGAUCAGGAAUGUACCGAUCCAUCCAGUUCACGUCCUCCGCGUUACUCGGCAUGGAUGCGGGAAUUAGCAUUUACAGUGGACAAAAGCAUAGAGCCUAUUACAUUCUUAUCACAAGUCUUGGAUUAUCGAUUUGAGAGUGCUUUCAAGCAAAUGAAAAUUCAACCGGAUGCUAAGAAUGUCAAUUGGAAGCAAGCUGUUAACGAACAAAUCGCUAGUAAUCCUGAAUCUGCUACUGUUCAACCCGCCGGCUCUGUUAUGGUGGAUGAAGGUGUUGUUGAUUAUUUGAUCACCCAUUUACGCCUCAUGUGUACUCUCAUUACCACUCCACCCACCACCUAUCGUGGUCUUUGGGACUCGUAUUCACAAGAAGCUUUGCGUAUGGAGUUGAUGGAAUCUGGGUUUGACAAGAUUGCAAGGAGCCUGCAGUCCUGUCCGCAUCCCACUCUGUAUAGCACAUACAUCAAGUACCUACAGCCAUUACUGCAACCAUGGGCAACUUCCACUGCACGCCCUGAACAUGAGCAGCCCUCUACCUCGAGAGAAGUGAUGGUUGCUCCCAGUGAAGUUAUUCCUCGUAAUCACGAGUCAGAGGCUGAACUCAGUGAUGAUACUGUGGAAAUGCCGGUCCGAAAUGGCGCACAAGCACCGCUGUUUGGGCUUUCAACAAGUGACGAGACACUCUGGGAUGAUGAUUUCUAUGACAUGGACGACGACGAUGAGGUCAUUGAUGAAGAUAGCUUCUUUGACGAACCGUUGGAUGAUGUCUUUCUCCAAGAUGAUUCCGACAGCUUCUCUGAAGAAGAAGAAGAGGACAGCAGUGAAUCAAUACCACGACCCCAAGCUCGGGAAACUUGGAAAACAAGUACGAAGCGAACUUGAUCCCUCCCGCCCAAGUUAAAAAAAAAACAACAACAACAAAAGACACUUUUUAUACCAUAUCUUUUUCUAUGAUCGGUUAUCCCCCCAAUUCUCCAUAUUGUAUA